AAUAAAGGUCGCUUUAUACGCACACUGGGUAUACAUGUAAUACGUUUCCUCGGAACAGUAAAUUACAUAACGGUUUGCCUGCUGAAACACGUCGCCGAAGGAUUGUUGCACAGUUUUGUACACUGAAACGGACCGUUGGCAAGUGUAUUUUGAAAGGCUGCUUAUUUCUAACAAGAAAUGGCAGAUCGCGGUCCAGGCGAAGCUGUAGAUUCUGCCCUGUCAUACUCAGUCCUGGAGAAUGACGCAGAUAUAUACACCGGUCCCUCGGAUGAGUAUGGGCCCAGGAUCAACUACGCCAGGGGAGCGGGCAGCGGUAAGUCGGGUCGGCUCUACCUGGGCCUCCGCGCCGCUGCACCCCAUGUGAUCCUCGUCACCACCUACAUCGCCUUCUUGCUCGUCGGAGGAGCGUUCUUUUUCCUCCUGGAGGGCAAGGCUGGCGGGGCCGAGGAUGUGGCCACGGAUGUCGAAUAUAUGGAGUACCAACUUGUCAAGGAAAGGAUGGAUAAGAUGAUGGACCAUCUGAACCUGACCCAAGCUGAGAUGGAGACCAUGGGUAACUGGUCCCUUCUCUGGAAGGCCUUGGACUACAUGGUCGAGGGGCCCUAUGGGUUGGACUUCGACUUCGGACCAGACCACCACCGGAAGAGUGUACGAGAUGAGUUAUCGUUUGGUCGGAGUGUUAUGUUCUGUGCAACAACAAUCGCCACUAUAGGUUACGGCGACUCGAUUCCACAGACUGCGACUGGGAAACUUCUUGUGGUAAUCUUCUCGCUCGUGGGCAUCCCGCUGACGUUGAUCGUCUAUGCUGACAUCGGUAAACUCCUAGCCAAAGGUGUCUCCCUCCUGGUCGAUAGGUGGCGCUACCGUGGAGGCGCCCCCAAGAGGCAGACUGACACUGAUCCUGAAGCCCCCGUGAUUUUGGUCCUGAUAAUCCUGGUCGUGUUCAUACUGUUAGCAGCCGCCAUCAUGUCCUUGCUGGAGGGUUGGUAUUACCAGGACGCCCUCUACUUCACCUUCAUCACCUUGACAACCAUCGGCUUUGGCGAUAUCGUUCCCAUCAGCCACCACGAUCACGUGUCAUCCUUUAUCUUUCUGUUGUUGUUUUUCCUGCUCAGCUUCUCCGUGCUCGCAAUGUGUAUUGUGCUGUUGUUACCCAAAACCAUGGCACUCAUCUCCAAAGUGGCUGGGAAAGUUGGUUUCUGAAAUUGGAAAAACGGUGAAAAUAAAGAGUCAAGGGCAAUUCCACACAGUGGCGUAGCCAGGAAUUUUUCAU